AUGGGAUCCAUUAAUUCUCCCAGCGAGCCAAGACUCGUCAUUGCAUCAAAUCGCUUGCCUCUCUCCGUCAGAAAGACCAAUGGCACUUACGAUGUCGCUCCCUCGAGCGGCGGCCUCGUGAGCGCAUUAAGAGGUCUCAAAGUAGCAGAUUAUGUAUGGCUGGGAUGGCCAGGGCUGGCAGUCAAUAAAAGUCAAAGGCAAGCUGUCGACGAUGAGCUAGCCAGGGAACAUGCAUCUGCCGUGUAUCUUGACGAUGAAUUGGCGAGGGACCACUACAACGGGUUCUCCAAUGCUAUCUUGUGGCCAAUUCUUCACUAUCAACCAGGUAAACAGAUGACGCCCUCUGUAUGGAAUGCCUACAGCCGGGUAAAUGAGAUAUUUGCGGACACAGUUAGCAGUGAAGCCCGAGAUGGUGAUUUGAUCUGGGUGCACGACUAUCAUCUAUUUCUUUUACCGCAAAUGCUGCGGGAUCGCUUGCAGGCACAGAGUAAACACUGUCCUAUAGGCUUCUUCCUACACACGCCGUUCCCGGCGGACGAUUACUGGCGAGGACUUCCUGUCGAGGAGGAGUUGCUCAAGGGUAUUCUGGGAAGCGAUGUCAUCGGAUUCCACACUGAUGAAUACAAGAAGAACUUUGUCACAUCUUGCGACAUUCUGCUGGAUUCCGUACAUGUGAUAAACGACCAUAUCCAGUACAAAGAUCGCUUGAUAAAGACUGGUAGAUACAUUGCAGGCAUCGACUAUGAUAGGUUCACCACUACGCUCCGCGAUGAAAAAGUGAAAGCUCGUAUUAGCGAGUUAGAGUCGCUCUAUGAGGGCAAGAAGGUGAUUAUCGGUGUCGAUCGUCUAGACUACACGAAGGGCUUGACGGAGAAAAUGGAAGGAUUUAGAGUAUUCCUCGAUCAACACCCGGAACUACGGGAUAAGGUCAUACUGAUCCAAAUUGCGAUCCCGAGUCGUGAAGACGUCAAAGAGUAUCAAGACCUUGAGGGAGAGGUGAGCAAGUUGGUGGGUCAGAUCAUUGGAAAACACGCCACACCUCAUUCUACGCCGCUUCUAUACAUUCACCGGUCUGUCUCAUUUGAGGAUCUCACAUCUCUAUACGCAAUUUCCGACGUGUGUUUCUUGACUUCCCGCCGCGAUGGGCUAAACCUGGUGGCCUCUGAAUAUGUCGCAUGCCAGGAUGCGAGAAAUGGCGUCCUCGUCCUGUCCAAAUUCACGGGAGCGGCAAGUUUCCUCAAUCAUGGGAGUGUUCUGUGCAAUCCGUCAAGUGCAGAAGGCCUCUCGGAUGCGCUCUACAAGGCCAUGAUGAUGGGAGGUGAAGAAAGGAGGAGAAAACACAACAUUUUACGUGAUUUUGUCACUGCACAUACAAGGUAA